AUGCUUGCGUCUUCGUUGCGCUCCCUGAUGGCGAACUACCACGCCACCGGCGGCGUCGUGCAGGACGCGGAGCUGCUGGCGCUGAGUGACGGCCUGCUCGAGGAUGCACGGCGCGGCCCUGCCUCGUGUGCCUUCGCAGCGAGCCUUGCAACGCGCACAGCAGGGGAGGGGCCCGAGAGGCUGGAGCGGAUCGUCCUGCUGUCAGACCUACAGCUCGGGGUGGAGCAGCGAGUGCGUCCUCAACUGGCCUACAACGAGGCUGCUGCUGUGCCUUGUGUGCGCGCAUUUACUCGACGCCACCGCAUUCGGAGCAGCCCUUGCGGAGCUCUGUGUCACCGGGGGCGUAGACACUGUGCGGGACGUCUUGACCGCUCCCCUGGGCACUGA